CUGCUGUCGCCACAAGCCAUGCGGCCAGUGCUGGAAUUACUGGCACUGGGCUCGCUGGAGUCCCCUGGGCAAGCGGCUACAUUCCGUGGGGCCAUGAAAAUCCUUCACUUGUGCUUAAAAAAUGGGCUCCCCUAGCAGCAGACUUCAAAGGGUGGACUUCUUCAGCCAGCACGAUGGUGGUGUUACAGAGCUACUGUGAGGGAAAUGAGUCCCUGGCACAAGCCUGGACCCAGCAGGGGCUGUGUCCCUGCUUCUACUUCACACUGGUGCCAGCAGUGCUGCUCAGUGUCUGCCUCCUGUUGGGUGCCCUGCAAUAUGCCUGUUAUGCCCGGUUCAGCCGUACCAUGGAACCGAAGUACAUCCCACGCUCCCGCCUAUACCACCUCCAAGUCCUCCUCUCAGUGCUCCUUGCACUGCUUCCCUUUAUCACCUUCCUGUGGCAAAUGCUGGGCAUGCAGCAACUCUAUGGGUAUAUGGUGCUGUAUGCCUGCCUCUCUGCUGUGGGCUGGGCCGGCUCAGUUGGGCUGCUGCACUUGGAGCGCACCAGAGUGAUGGCGCAAGACCGGAUCCGAGGCCACGGCGCCAUCCUUCUCCUCUACUGGGCUCUGGCUUUUGCUGCAGAGAACCUGGCCUUCAUCUCUUGGAACAGCCCACUCUGGUGGUGGGGUUUAGAAGACACCAACCAGAAGGUCCAACUGAGCCUGUGGUUACUCCGCUACAUCAGCACCUUCUUCCUCUUCACUUUGGGAAUAAAGGCCCCAGGGCUGCCCCGAAAACCCUACAUGCUGCUAAUCAAUGAGGACGAGCGCGACGUGGAGAACAGCCAGCCCCUGCUCUCAGAUGCCAGGCACCGCCCUUCCACCUGGAAGGAUUUCGGCCGGAAGAUGCGUCUCCUUACAAAGUACAUGUGGCCGGGGAGAAACCUCCUGCUCCAGAGCCUGGUGAUCUUCUGCCUGAUGCUUAUGGGCCUGGAGCGUGCCAUCAACGUCUUUGUGCCCAUCUACUACAAGAACAUUGUGAAUGAACUCACAGCUGGAGCUGCCUGGCGUAUCCUCCUUCAGACAGUCUGCAUCUAUGUGGCUCUCAAGUUUCUCCAGGGAGGAGGGGCUGGCUCUACUGGCUUCAUUAGCAACUUGCGCAGUUUCUUCUGGAUCCGGGUGCAACAGUUCACCAGCCGCGAAGUCCAGGUGCAGCUCUUCCGGCAUCUCCAUGGCCUGUCUCUUCGCUGGCACCUGGAGCGCAAGACGGGCGAGGUGCUGCGCAGCAUUGACAGAGGCACAAGCAGCAUCAACAGUCUUCUCAGCUACAUCGUGUUCAGCAUCUUCCCCACGGUGGCUGAUAUCAUAAUAGCUAUUGUGUAUUUCACCUCCAUCUUCAGUGCCUGGUUUGGUCUCAUCAUCUUCCUCUGCAUGAUCCUUUACCUUGCACUGACAAUCAUACUGACUGAGUGGCGAACCAAGUACCGCCGUGAGAUGAACACUUGUGACAAUGCCGCCAAGUCACGUGCCAUUGACUCGCUUCUCAACUUUGAGACGGUGAAAUAUUAUAAUGCUGAGAACUAUGAGGCCAGGCGCUUCAACGAUUCCAUUGUCAAGUACCAGGACUCGGAAUGGAAAGUCAAUGCAUCGCUGGCCCUGUUGAACCAAACGCAGAACCUGGUGAUCGGGCUGGGGCUACUGACUGGAUCCCUGCUGUGUGCUUACUAUGUAACCAAGAAGAAGCUCCAGGUGGGUGAUUAUGUUCUCUUUGGCACUUACAUCAUCCAGCUGUACACCCCACUGAACUGGUUUGGCACCUAUUACAGAAUGAUCCAAAGUGCCUUUGUCGACAUGGAGAACAUGUUUGAACUCUUCAACGAGGAGCAGGAGGUAAAGGAUGAACCAGGUGCUGGGGAUCUUCGGCUUCUGGCAGGACGCAUGGAGUUUGAAAACAUCCACUUUGGCUAUGUGGAUGGAAGGGAAAUCCUGCAUGAUGUGUCCUUCACAGUGAUGCCUGGGCAGACCGUAGCACUGGUGGGACCCACUGGCUCAGGAAAGACCACUAUUCUUCGCUUGCUUUUCCGUUUCUAUGACGUCUGGGGAGGCUGCAUCCGGAUUGAUGGGCAAGAUAUCUCCAAGGUGAAGCAGGUCUCAUUGCGCUCGCACAUCGGUGUGGUGCCUCAGGACACCGUUCUCUUCAACGAUACCAUUCGCAACAACAUCCGCUACGGCCGUAUUGAUGCCACCAAUGAAGAGGUGAUAGAGGCAGCGAUCACUGCUAACAUCCAUGAACGUAUCCUCACCUUCCCGGAUGGUUAUGAUACGCAGGUUGGCGAGCGGGGCCUGAAGCUGAGCGGUGGGGAGAAGCAGCGCGUCGCCAUUGCUCGCACCAUCUUAAAGAACCCCCAGAUCAUCAUCUUUGAUGAGGCAACAUCAGCUCUGGACACCAAGACUGAGAGAAUCAUCCAGGCAUCCCUGGCUAAGGUUUGUGCAAACCGCACCACCAUCAUUGUGGCUCACAGAUUGUCCACUGUGGUUAAGGCGGAUCAAAUCCUCGUCAUCCGGGAGGGCCGAGUGGUGGAGCGAGGAAGGCACGAACAACUGAUGAGGAAGGGCGGCAUGUAUUCCGACAUGUGGCUGCAACAAGGGAGUGAGAAGCCAGGCGGCUUGGAUGUGGAGAGCAAGGAGAGUGCAGAGACUGAGAACAAGGCGCAGAGCAAGGAGAACACAGAGGCGGAGAGCAAGGAGGGUGGUACUAUCUACAACCAGCCUGCUAGUUCUGAAGCUGCAGCUGAGUCCACAGCUGAGUCCGCCAGCACAGCAUCACACCCAAGCACCGGCAGGAGCACCGCCACUUCUGAGUCAUAGCCAAGCAAAGGGGUACACUAUUGAGCAGCCGACAGGGAUGAUCCACAGCCCCUGCUGGCUCAAAAGAAGAGGCAGGGACCACCUCUGCCAUCCUAUUUGUGACUUUUGGUGUCAACAGGGAAGAAGCUGAAGUCCCCAGAGCACAUGGCGGCAGAUCCACCUUAGAAAUGUGCUCCAGGAAACCAGGCAUGAAGAAGGCUAGACUGAACAGCUCCCAGUGUUUUCCUUUCUUCAUGAGUGGGGUCUGCCCGUAGUGUUAAUGUAUCCUCCUAGCCGCUGCCAGACAUCCAGAGAAGUGUUGCUCCGUGAUCCAGGGGUGUUACCAGUGAUUACUGGAAGAGGAGACAAGGGCCAGGGCCAUCCUGCCCAGCCGUUGUCCUUGCUGAGAUGAAUUGUGGGAGAGGUGGGGGCAUGCAGGAGUGUUGCCAGCCUUUGGUAUGCAGCUGCAAAAGAUGCCUGGAAAAAGGCUGUGUGUUUUCACAGGUUCUGAUGUUGGAAUGUCUGUUUUGAUUUUCAUAAACUCUGUUUUCAGAUCCA